CGCUUUUCUGGUGCCACAAAUCUCUUGAAAAGUGCAUAAAAUGACCGAAAAAUCGGCAGAAGGUGAAUUUGAUUUGGAGGAAAAGCUGAAGGAACACUUUCAUCACACGACUUUUCGUUCGAAGCUGCAGAGAGAUGCGAUAAAAACUAUUUUAAAGGGCAAAUGCGACGUGUAUAUCUCAAUGCCCACGGGAUCUGGCAAGUCUCUGUGCUUCCAAAUGCCAGGAGUGCUGCAGGAGAACAAGAUCACUCUGGUGUUUUCGCCACUUUUGGCCCUCAUCAAGGAUCAAUUGGAUCACUUGGCGAAGUUGAGAAUCCGCGCAGAGUCGAUCAACUCGAAGAUGACGAUGAAGGAGCGCAGCGAUGUCUAUGCGGACAUCAAAUCCAUGAGGCCCAGCAUCAAAUUCCUCUACAUAACGCCCGAGUUCGCCGCCACGGGAGCCUUUUCCGAGCUCAUCACGCACAUGGUGAAGUACAACAAAGUGGCGUACUUUGUGGUGGACGAGGCGCACUGUGUCUCUCAGUGGGGACACGACUUCCGGAAGGACUAUCUGAAGUUGGGCGAGAUCAGGAUGAAGUUCCCGAAGAUUCCCUGGAUUGCUCUCACGGCCACGGCGUCGCGAGAAGUGGUGAAGGACAUCAUCAAGAAUCUGCGCUUCAGGGAACCCAUGGCGAAGUUCAUGACUCCCUGCUUCAGGGAGAAUCUCUUCUACGAUGUGAUAUUUAAGAACUCCAUCAACAACGACUUCCAACACCUCAAGGAGUUCAUUCUGCAGUGCAAGGAGGGCGAUAGUGACGCUGUUCCCUGUGGGAUCAUCUACUGUCGCACGCGCGAACAGGUGGAGCGUGUGGCCAAGAACUUGACUGACUGUGGACUCGUGACAUUUCCCUACCACGCGGGCCUGAAGCCGGCCGACAGGAUAACCACGCAGGAGGAGUGGAUGACUGGAAAGUAUCCUGUGAUCUGUGCCACCAUCUCCUUUGGUAUGGGCGUGGAUAAGUCUGCUGUUCGCUUUGUCGUGCACUGGGACAUCCCGCAGAGCAUCGCUGGCUACUACCAAGAGUCCGGCAGGGCUGGAAGGGAUGGCAAGAAGUCCUUCUGUCGACUGUAUUACUGUCGCAGUGAGACGAAUUCGGUGGAGUUUCUGCUGAAGCAGGACAUUGGGAAGUCCAAGACGGACGAUAGACUCGAAAAGGCCAAGCAAAACCUCAAGAAUUUCGAGAAGAUGAUCAAAUACUGCGAAACCACUGAAUGCAGACACAAACUGUUUGCCGAUUUCUUUGGGGACAAGCCUCCGAAGUGCAUCAAUCGGUGCGAUGUGUGCAAGAAUCCCAAGCAAGCUGCUGCUGCGCUGGAGAAAUUUCACUCUCUGUCCGCCACUGGGCGAAUUGGGGGCUCCCUGUCGUAUGACUACGACAAUUACAGUGAGGAUUUGUACGAGGGAGGACGACAAGCGCAGAAGAUGUUGGAGUCUGAGUACUCAGACAGUGAUUCCUCGCCGGCGAAUCGCGAAAUGAAGGCGAAGAAGGAGCGAAUUAGUCUGAUUCAGAAGCAAUUUGCCGCCAGGAAGUUGGCAGCGGCGAAGUUCUUGGAGAAGGAACAGCCCACGGCGAGGAUAUCUCGCGUGAAGCACGCCAUGAGCACGGAGACGAAGAUCGUGGGACUGACAAUAACGCUGAGGGAGAGCUAUUUGAGCAUGAUUGCCGAUCUGUUGAAGAAGAACUAUGAAGCUGGCCAAGAGGAUGAAUCCGUGCCCAAGACGCUCGUCUACAGAGACUUUGAGGAUAUCAGCGUUGAGCUGGAGUACGAAGCAUUCACGUCCAACAAAGUGAUUACGUUGUACAGAAGAUCUGCGGCCAAGUUGAUGGCGAGUAUCAAAGCAUCAACGGCUGUCGGUGAGUUUUAUCAGUCAUUUAGGAGCUAUGAGCCAAAGAAGAGAGAACCUCGCGGUGGUGAAUCAGGGGACAUUGCCAAGAGUAUAGAGGAGAAGGAGAAGAAGACAAGUGUGGAGAAGAGAAAACCUCGAAAGUCCCUCAAGAGAGACUAUAUGAAGCAGACUUCGCUGAUGAAUUUCUUCGAAAGCAGUCAGAAGAGUGGAGAAAAGGAGGCAGAAGAGGAGCCAGAAGACGAUCUGCAGGAGGUGAAGAUGGAACUUGUGUCGGAAGAUGAGGAGGAAGCAGAUGAGAAACCUGUUGUGCCUUCGCUGACUGAGUUGCUCGAGAAGAUCAGCAAGCCAUUGCCGAAGGGUGGUGAAGAGAUGACACCAGAGAUGCAGCAAAAGAGGCCUCUUGAGGACGAUGCUGGCGAUGUGAAGCCUGAGAAGCGACACAAGUAUGAUCUGCCGAUUGAGAUAUCGCCUCAGACGCAGGAGUAUCUGGAUCAGGUGGAGAAGAUUGAGAAGAAAGUGGUGCAAACGCCGUCAACUGCCAAGGAGGAGAAAGUUUCGCGGGAUGAGAAGUACGUGAAGGCGCAGAAGAGCAAAUUAGCUGAACUCGUGGUCAGCUACUUGAUGCCAUACUACAGAGAGAAGCGCUUUCAAUCCAAGGAUGUGUUUAAGAAGCUCGCGAAGCACCUUUCACACAAAUUCUACGAAGCACGUGCAGAUAAAUCAGCAAUUAAGCGUACUGUGGAGGAUAUUUUUAACAAGACACCAAUCAUCAGGACGGAGAAAGAUUUUAUGUGAACGUGGUGAGUGUUUAUUUUUUGCACAUUU